GUAUUAUGACUUAAAUAUUUGAGUAGCUAAAGCUACUGUUCAGUUAACUUCUCCAAGAAACUGGGAGGACUAAAGGAACCAAGAAAUUCAGAAUGUGGUUCUUGGAAGGCAAAAGUUGGGUUCUUGGAACAAUAUUGUAUGUGGGAUUGUUGGUGAUAUUGAUGUAUUUGUGUAAUGGAAGUGAAGAAAUGGGGUUUAACUGGCCAUCAUCAGUAACAUCCAUGUACAUUUUAGGUGAUUCUUCUGUUGAUUGUGGUGAUAACACUCCUUUUUAUCCUGUUUUGCAUCAAAAUGUCUCUUUGCAUCCUUGUAAUGGCUCUGAUCAUACUCUUGUUCCUCAGCUUCUUGCUAAGAAGAUGGGCUUGCAAUAUGUCAAACCAUUCUACAGUCAGAAUGGAUCGAUGGAGGAUCUUUUAAACGGAGUGAAUUUUGGUGCUGCACAAGCUACCAUCAUGUACCCUAGAAGUCGAAGCUACCAAACACUGAACCAACAACUGCGGCAAGCAUUUGAGACCAUACAGUUACUGCAGCUUCAGCUAGGCCAAGAUACUGCGAAAAGUUUAAUUGAAUCCACUCUUUUCUACCUGUCAUUCGGGAAAGACGAUUUGAUCAACUACUUGGUUGAUGAUGAAUCUGCAACAAGCCCUGGAUACAAUGGGCUAAAUUUCACCCAUAUUUUGGUUGACCAGAUGAUAAAUGUCAUUGAGAACCUUUAUGAUGCAAAUGUUAGGAAGAUUGUAUGCAUGGGCAUACUGCCUUUGGGAUGUUCACCGAGCGUAAUGAGCAUAAGGUACAAUUCAACCAUUGGCGAUAAAUUGGGCUGUGAGAAUGAUGUCAACUUGCUAGUUUUGGAAUACAAUACAAGACUAGAGCAGAGGAUUGUUGACCUUAACCUCAAAAUGCGAGGUGCACAAGUCAUAUUCUGUGAUACCUAUCGUGCAAUGAUGGAAUUCAUUUUUCAUCCUCAAGCCUAUGGGUUUGAGGAUGCAAAGAAUGCUUGCUGUGGGGAAGGCGAAUAUGGUGGGACAAAAGGCUGCCUUUCACCCGAUAUGGCAUGCCCCCGAGCUUCAAAUCAUGUAUGGUGGGAUUUAUACAAUCCUACUGAAGCUGUGAAUAUCUUGCUAGCUAAUUCAGCAUGGUCUGGUGAUCCAUUGCCUGCCAUUUGUCGUCCGAUCACUUUUGAAGCAUUGGGAUCCUCUCAUACUAACUAAUAGUCACAAGUUCAGUGCUUAGUUAGCACACUGUUUUUGCUCAUUCUUGAUAAUUUACAGUGUGCAUUGUGUAGUAUUACUUGUAGUUAGAUAUCUUUUUGGUUAGGAGGACCACACUUUUGAUCAGGUUUAAAGUAGAUGAAAAUGAGUUUUGUGCAUU